AUGUCAAACGUUCCAUCUCUCGAAGGUGGUUCCGCAGUCUCUGUCUUCGACAGUUUCGCCGAGAAGCAGUUGUUAGCAGCUUUGUUCGGUCUCAUGUUUUUCAUCGGUGUGCUGGGUAACAGCUCUGUCUUGCUGGCCGUUGUUCUCUCCCGCAAACCUCGCUCAGCCACCAACGUUUUCGUGGUCAACUUGGCCGUAGCGGACCUCAUCACGUGUCUGAGUUUGCCCAUCAUGGUUCUGGCGCUUCUGAGCGACAGCAGGGAAAAGCUUCUCGUUCCCGACAAUCUAUGCGCUUUGCAGGGAUUUGUGCUCAUCGUUUGCAUCGGGUGCAGCCUGAAUAACAUCGCGACGAUUGCCUUCUAUCGCGCCUUGAUCACUCGUCGGCGCCGUCCCAUCUGGCUUUUCAACCGUCGCGGUCUAGCAACCAUAGUCGCUACGACCUGGCUUAUCCCCUUAGUAGUCGGACUCUUGCCUAUUAUAUCUGAGUUUGGCUCGUACGAAUACGAUGACAAAUUGUCCACUUGUUCCUACAAGGGAUCCGCUACGUUUUCCAGAAUCAUGAGUGCCGCCUACUACCCUGUGCAAUUAAUUGUUACAUUCACUAGCUAUGCACUAGUCUUCUACACAGUUAGGCAACACGUCAGAAGAGUCAACGACGCUCCUGGGCAGCCAAUAGCCCUAGUUGGUGGGGCCAUGAGGCUACCUUUGCGACCAUUUGCACCUAUGCGUCCACACCAAUUAGCGAUUCAAGUUACAACCUCUAGCAGCCAGGAGCAGGUCCUUGCUACAAACCAGCUACAAUCCAACCAUCCGCCAUCAAUUGCCAGACAGCCUGCUCCAGCCAGGCGUCAGCUUCGUCGAAAGAUUGACGUCAACCUUACUUUAUUCCUUGUUGUCAUUUUCUAUAUCAUAUGCGUCUCUCCCUUUUUAGUUUUGGUGUUGCUUCUCGAAGACAAUUCACAGAAAAUUGUGCCCUUUUUAGGCGCGCUUAUCGUCAGCAACAGCUGCAUAAACCCUGUGAUUUACACGGCCCGGCACCCAGAUUUCAAAGCAGUCAUUCGCUGCAUCUUGUUGUGCAAACUCUCAAAGAUACCCAUGCAAUCGGCUUUUCUACGAGGGCUACUCAGCUUUCGCGGUAGAUAA